CGACUUCUGUUAGAGGCUUGUAGAGUUUUACAAAGUGUUAAACGCAUGAAAGUAAAAUAGUGGAUAACUAGACAAAUAUAUAGAGGGUACCACAAUGGCAAAUUUAUUUCGAAUGAUUAAUUUUGUUGUAUUUAUUACAUCGCUUGUUCUGAUGAAAGAAAAGUCGACAGCGGAAAUUUUACACGAUUUUGCUGUUAAAGUAACGUCGUUGAACUAUUAUAGGAGUACUUCCGGUGCGAUUAGUGAGUUGUACGCACGUGGUGUUACCGAGUGUACCAGUAUAUGCAACAAGACACAAGGAUGUUUGUCGUUCUUUUACAACAAAAAUGAUAAAAUAUGUCAACUUCACGACAUUGUGUAUGAGAACUACGAACCGUCAUUGAUCUAUGUCUACAAAACUUAUUAUUACAAGAUGUACAUAGAUCCGUCAAAUUUCACGUGUACAUUAGCACCCCCUGGUGCAGAAUACCACACAGUGAUGCUGUCAGAUGAAACGAUAUUUACAUACAGGAUAGUAUGGCAACUUGCUGAUAAGCCCACUGCUGCUGCGGCAUGUGCUGCCGAGAAUGCCGUGCUGGUUCGGGUCCUGACGUCAACAAAAAUGAAAUUAUUGAUCCAUAUAUUCACCUCAUGUGUUGGUUUUGUCUAUAGUGGCGAUUACUGGAUAGACGGGAGCAAUGCUAACGCUACUAACUUCAACAACACCGAAGAGUGGGUGACAUCUACUGGCGUGCCCCUUUCAUCAGCUGGGCAAUAUUGGUCACCGGGGUCACUAUUAAAUCCAGAAACAAACCAUUGCGUCGCCCUUUGGGCAGCAGAUGAUUAUCUCUGGUCAAAGCUGCCGUGUUCAUACACAUAUUACUAUAUUUGUGAGAAAAUUUGAGUAAUGUUAUUGUUGAAUCUGAAUCUAUUAAUGAAAAACUAUUAAUCCUGGACCAUGAAUGACUUUAAACACUAAUAUUAUUAAAGGAUAAUUUACUUGAAAUAACGGAGAAAGAAUGUGAACAACGUCCAAAAUAGUUUCAUUAACAUUUCAUCUUUAUUUCUUGGAAAGUAUGCCUACUUAUUGAUAAGGCCACUGCUGUGUAAAUAAGUUUAAGUAAUAAAAUAUUUCUUUUUUUAGAUGUAAAACACUUUCAAAUCUUUGUAAAUUAUAAUUUAUAGCUCGACUUUUUCGAAGUAUUGCAAAUGUUAGGAUGUCGUUCCCAUUGACGUUAUUUGUGCACAAAAAUCAUU